AUCGUUCCGCACCGGCUGCUGCAGGGCCAGAGGGAGCAGGUGGAGCGAGCGAGCGAGCCGAGCCGGACGGAGCGCGCCAGACCCAGGGCGACACUGCAGUGACGCGGCCCGGGAGACAUGGCGGCCGGGCGUCUCUGAAUAAGCAGAAUCCGGAGCCCCUCGCCGCCCCCGGCCGCCGCAGCCCGGGCCAUGCCGCACGGCUGCUAACGGCACGCAGGGGCCGGCCCCGAGGACACAUGCGGCGGCCGCUGCCGCCUUGCCCCUGACCCUCUGUUCUCCAUGUUGCAUUUCUCAUCAGUUUCUUGGGCGGUGUAGCUACCGCUGCCACAGGAGCCGGCGGGGCAUCGCGCUGCUCAUUCAUCCAGCCUCACUUUCUUUUCCAUUUCCACCCCUCCCUCUCCAUUUCCUUCUCCCUUUCCCCGCCAGCUUUGCAUCUCUCUCCCUCACCCCGUCACCCUCUCCUGCAUCCAUCCACCGGGGCUAUGGCCGCAGAAGAGGUAUUGCAGACGGUGGACCAUUAUAAGACUGAGAUAGAGAGGCUGACCAAGGAGCUCACGGAGACCACCCACGAGAAGAUCCAGGCUGCCGAGUACGGGCUGGUGGUGCUGGAGGAGAAGCUGACCCUCAAACAGCAGUAUGACGAGCUGGAGGCUGAGUACGACAGCCUCAAACAGGAGCUGGAGCAGCUCAAAGAGGCUUUUGGGCAGUCCUUCUCCAUCCACCGGAAGGUUGCUGAGGAUGGAGAGACGCGGGAGGAAACGCUUCUGCAGGAGUCAGCAUCGAAGGAGGCUUACUAUCUGGGGAAGAUCUUGGAGAUGCAGAACGAGCUGAAACAGAGCCGGGCUGUGGUCACUAAUGUACAGGCAGAAAAUGAGAGGCUCACCGCGGUCGUGCAGGAUCUGAAGGAGAACAAUGAGAUGGUGGAGCUCCAGAGAAUACGGAUGAAGGAUGAAAUCCGAGAAUAUAAGUUCCGGGAGGCCCGACUCCUUCAGGACUAUACUGAAUUGGAAGAAGAAAAUAUCACAUUGCAGAAACUAGUGUCCACAUUGAAGCAGAACCAGGUUGAAUACGAAGGCUUAAAGCAUGAGAUUAAGCGAUUUGAGGAGGAGACAGUACUGCUGAACAGCCAGCUGGAAGAUGCCAUCCGAUUGAAAGAGAUUGCCGAGCACCAACUGGAAGAAGCCCUUGAGACUUUGAAAAAUGAAAGAGAGCAAAAGAACAACCUGCGGAAGGAGCUCUCCCAGUACAUCAGCCUCAACGAUAACCAUAUCAGCAUCUCAGUAGACGGACUCAAAUUUGCCGAGGAUGGGAGUGAACCAAACAAUGAUGACAAAAUGAACGGGCAUAUCCAUGGGCCUCUUGUGAAACUGAAUGGAGACUAUCGGACUCCCACCUUAAGGAAAGGAGAGUCUCUGAACCCUGUCUCUGACUUAUUCAGUGAGCUGAACAUUUCAGAAAUACAGAAAUUGAAGCAGCAGCUUAUGCAGGUAGAGCGGGAAAAGGCCAUUCUUUUGGCCAACCUGCAGGAGUCACAGACACAGCUGGAACACACCAAGGGGGCACUGACGGAGCAGCACGAGCGGGUGCACCGGCUCACAGAGCACGUCAAUGCCAUGAGGGGCCUGCAAAGCAGCAAGGAGCUCAAGGCCGAGCUGGACGGGGAGAAGGGCCGGGACUCAGGGGAGGAGACCCAUGAUUAUGAGGUGGACAUCAAUGGCUUAGAGAUCCUUGAAUGUAAAUACAGGGUGGCAGUAACUGAGGUGAUUGAUCUGAAAGCAGAAAUUAAGGCCUUAAAGGAGAAAUAUAAUAAAUCUGUAGAAAACUACACUGACGAGAAGGCCAAAUAUGAGAGUAAAAUCCAGAUGUAUGAUGAGCAGGUGACAACCCUUGAGAAGACCACCAAGGAGAGUGGUGAGAAGAUGGCCCACAUGGAGAAGGAGUUGCAAAAGAUGACCAGCAUAGCCAACGAAAAUCACAAUACCCUUAAUACGGCCCAGGAUGAGUUAGUGACAUUCAGUGAGGAGUUAGCUCAGCUUUACCACCACGUGUGUCUGUGUAAUAAUGAAACUCCCAACAGGGUCAUGCUGGAUUACUAUAGGCAGAGCAGAGUCACCCGCAGUGGCAGCCUGAAAGGGCCUGAUGAUCCCAGAGGACUUUUGUCCCCACGAUUAGCCAGGCGGGGUGUGUCAUCCCCAGUAGAAACAAGGACCUCAUCUGAACCAGUUGCAAAAGAAAACACAGAGGCCAGCAAAGAACCAAGCCCAACUAAGACCCCCACAAUCUCUCCUGUUAUUACUGCCCCGCCAUCAUCUCCAGUAUUGGAUACAAGUGACAUCCGCAAAGAACCAAUGAAUAUCUACAACCUUAAUGCCAUAAUCCGGGACCAAAUCAAGCAUCUGCAGAAAGCUGUGGACCGGUCCUUGCAACUGUCUCGCCAAAGAGCAGCGGCUCGGGAGCUAGCCCCCAUGAUUGAUAAAGACAAGGAAGCCUUAAUGGAAGAGAUCCUCAAGCUCAAGUCCCUGCUAAGCACCAAACGGGAACAGAUUGCCACAUUGAGGGCGGUGCUGAAAGCCAACAAGCAGACAGCUGAGGUGGCGCUAGCUAAUCUCAAGAACAAAUAUGAAAAUGAAAAAGCAAUGGUGACUGAAACCAUGACAAAGCUUAGAAAUGAACUGAAGGCUUUGAAAGAAGAUGCUGCGACCUUCUCAUCCCUGAGAGCAAUGUUUGCAACAAGAUGUGAUGAAUAUGUCACCCAGCUGGAUGAGAUGCAGAGACAGUUAGCAGCCGCAGAGGAUGAGAAGAAGACUCUAAACACUUUGUUACGAAUGGCUAUCCAGCAAAAACUCGCCCUGACCCAGAGGCUGGAGGACUUAGAGUUUGACCAUGAGCAGUCCCGACGCAGCAAAGGCAAACUUGGGAAGAGCAAGAUCGGCAGCCCUAAAGUAAGUGGGGAGGCAUCAGUCACCGUGCCCACCGUAGACACUUACCUCCUGCAUAGUCAGGGCCCACAGACACCCAACAUUCGGGUCAGCAGUGGCACUCAGAGGAAAAGACAAUUUUCACCUUCCCUUUGUGAUCAGAGCCGUCCCAGGACUUCAGGGGCGUCCUACCUACAGAAUUUAUUAAGAGUUCCCCCUGAUCCCACCUCCACAGAAUCAUUUCUUCUGAAGGGCCCCCCUUCCAUGAGUGAAUUCAUCCAAGGGCACCGGCUCAGCAAGGAAAAAAGGUUAACCGUGGCUCCACCAGAUUGUCAGCAGCCUGCUGCCUCCGUACCGCCACAGUGCUCACAACUAGCCGGGAGGCAAGACUGCCCGACUGUCAGUCCUGACACAGCUCUCCCUGAGGAGCAGCCACAUUCCAGCUCCCAGUGUGCCCCUCUCCACUGUCUCUCCAAGCCUCCCCACCCCUAGUCUUCAUCUCCUGUGGACGGACAUCUGGGGAGGAAGUUUUGUAGCCACACACAGGAUACUGCCCAAGAUCCAGCGGGUGUUUUCUUCUUGGCUGUUAGAUGUACAAUUGGAUUACUGUCCGUUGUUUGGAAGACGAGAGAAAGUUAAGAAGAAGAACACGAAGCACAGACCCUGAUGUGAUAAAACAUUUUGUGGUUUCUCUGAGUUUCAGAUAAACUUGUGCCAUUAAAUGGCUACAGUUUAUUUAAAUU